AGAUGGCAUGCCAGGAGUAGCCUAUCGUCCAUCAAAGUUGGCUGGCAGGCAGGGUGGGAGAACCGACCAACCCAGCGCUCACAAACGAUAGCACCACGGCAGAGUGAAAACGAGGCGAGGGAUUGGGAAUACAGAGCUAGCGAACUCGAGUCGCAUACUGGAGCAGCUAAGAUCACUGAUAUACCUGGAGGAAAAGUUCCGCAUAAAACAACCGCAUUUGGCCAGUUCUUUGAAGAGAAAGAAGAUACCGUUAAAAAGUCUAGCUGAUCCCCAGUGAGAGAUGUGGAUCCCCCCAGUCCUCCAAUGCUGAGCACCAAUAGAGGUCAAAGGUCGACAAGGUUAGAAGGGGUCAACACCACCAUGGCUGACAGAGAUGGGCAUGGCGGCGGGGUGGAUGUGCCCACCAUCGCACCAGGCCAGGUGUACGUGGAGGUGGAGUACGACUAUGAGUACACGGCCAAGGACAAGCUGAUCUCCAUCAGGCAGGGGGAGUGCUACAUGCUGGUCAGGAAGACCAACGAGGACUGGUGGCAGGUGAGGAAGGAGGAGGGGAUGAAAGCCUUCUAUGUCCCAGCACAGUACGUCAGGGAAGUGCGCCGGGCGCUCAUGCCCCCUCAGAAGCCUCUCGUGUCGUGCGGGAUUGGUGGGAUGAGUGGGGCGGUCCGUGUGAAGCCUACAGUUCUGGAUAUAUGCAGAGCGUCCAAUGAGAACCUCAACAACAGGCCGCCUCAGGAGAUGUCUAGUUUUGGGCGUCCGUCGCCCUCCUCCACGCCGUCGCUCUUUCCGGUGCACGUCACCCCGCCCGCUCUGCCCAAGGACGCCAACCAGAACCCGGGUAGCCCGCGCCACAGCAAGCCCCCUGGUGUAGCCGAGCUGGUGCUCCUACACAACAACAAUAACCAUCACCACAGCAACAACUCCACAUUACCACGGAUGCGGGCAGACUCUCCGCCCCCCAGGGCCCCUUACAACGACCAUAAAAACCACCAGGGAAGUGAUGAUACAGACCAGACCCCCUCCUCUUCUGGCGACUCCCCGGGGGAGGGGUCGGAGACGCUCCGGAACGACUCGGAGUCUGGAGACGACCUAAGUAGCAGCUCUGCUGAACACAUGCAGACGACGUCUCCGGCGGGGCAGGGCCGGCCUGAGUCCCCUGUCUACACCAACCUCCAGGAGCUGAAGAUCUCCCAGUCCAGCCUGCCCCCCCUUCCUUCAAGCUCCCCACUGCAUGUCCUCGGGGACUGGGAGACCCACAAGGACCUCACCGGCAGACACUUCUACUAUAACAGAGCCAGCGGCGAGCGCACGUGGAAACCGCCCCGCGUACGGGAUGCUAGUUGCAGUACCAGUAGUAGUCGGGGAGACCCCCAUGGCACAGGAGAGAUGGAGCCCCUGUCUUCCGAGGAGAACUGUCACAGCAGCACCUACUCCAGUCAGUCGGACAGUCAGUACGGCUCGCCCCCUAGAGGCUGGUCAGAGGAACUGGACGAACACGGGCACACCCUCUAUGUCUGUGAAUAUACUCAUGAGAAGUGGAUAAAGCACGUGGACGAGCAGGGAAGGCCGUACUACUACAGCGCUGAUGGCUCCAGGUCAGAAUGGGAGCUACCCAAAUACAACUUGUCUCCUCCCCAGCCAGGCGAUCCCCCCAAGAGUCGUAGUCUGGAGCGGAAACAUCCAGACCCCAUCGUCCUGACCAAGUGGAGACACAGCACCUACGUACUAGACCUCAACGACAAGUUCUCUGUCAAAAAACUCAGGCGCUUUGAAUCAAGCCAUCACAUGGGGAGAGCUGGUCGCUCUCUUUUCCGUGGUAAACCCUCUGAGAAGUGUGGAGUCCUCAAUGUCACCAAAAUCACUGAGAAUGGCAAGAAAGUCAGGAAGAACUGGACAUCUUCGUGGACAGUACUCCAGGGCUCCUCACUGCUCUUCGCUAAAGGACAGGGGAGUGGCACCAGCUGGCCGCACUACCGUAGUGGCUCCAUCCCUGAGCUGCUGCUCACUCUGCUGGCCAACUGGAAGCGUUCGGUCAAGCCCUGCCCAGCUGUCUCCUAUGUCCACUCUGUCAAUGGGCGUGCCCCAGCUGCCACUAAGUUUGUGGGUAACCAGUCGAAGCCMGAGUUCACUGUGGAUCUCAGAGGGGGGUCAGUUGAUUGGGCAUCCAAGGAUAAGUCCAGCAAGAAGCACGUCAUUGAACUGAAGACCCGUCAGGGGACGGAGCUGCUGAUCCAAUCAGAGAUUGACAGCGUCAUCAACGACUGGUACCGAGCUCUGACAGACACCAUCAGCACACAUGCAUGGGAGUCAGAUGAGGCCAUAGAGGAGGACAUGCCUGAGUCCCCCGGGGCAGAGAAACAAGACAAGGAGAAGGACCACCGAGACUCCAAGAAAAACAGAGCGAUGAAGACGUCUAUCAGUGUGGACUCCACUGACCAGAAAAAGACUAGAGUGAAGCUGAAGAAGUUCCUGACCCGCCGACCCACCUACCAGGCCGUCAAGGACAAGGGAUACAUUAAAGACCAGGUGUUUGGCUGCAGUCUGAGCAGCCUGUGUCAGAGGGAGAACACGUCAGUGCCCAACUUUGUCACCACGUGCAUCGAUCACGUGGAGACCACAGGUCUGAGUAUAGAUGGCAUAUACAGAGUGAGUGGGAAUCUAGCUGUGAUACAGAAGCUGCGCUUCGCUGUGAAUCACGAUGAACAGUUAGAGUUGGAAGACAGUAAGUGGGAGGACAUCCACGUCACCACAGGAGCCCUGAAGAUGUUCUUCAGAGAGCUGCCUGAACCACUCUUCACCUACGACUCCUUCAACGACUUUAUCAACGCCAUCAAAUGCUCGGAUUACAAGCAGCGAGUAAACUUAAUAAAAGACUUAAUCAAGCAGUUGCCAAAACCGAAUCACGACACAAUGCAAUGCCUCUUCAAACAUCUCAGAAGGGUGAUUGACCAUGGAGAGGCCAACCGAAUGACGACCCAGAGCGUAGCGAUCGUCUUCGGCCCUACCCUGCUCAGACCUGAGACCGAGACUGGGAACAUCGCUGUUCACAUGGUAUAUCAGAACCAGAUUGUUGAGCUCAUCUUACUGGAGUAUGAGAACAUCUUCGGCAGGUAGAAAAGAAACACCUGAUGAAGAGACCUGUGAGAGAAAGAGGAUGGUCUGGUGACUGGUCGGACCCAAUACUGCUUAUUUUUGUGACUGAAACAUUGCUGCUGUGGACCAAGCAAUUAAAGAAAGAAAAACAAAAAUGUAAUUAUUGUUCAUUUGAUAAUAAGAUUAAUAAAGGAAGCUAGUGAACGACUUUGCACUUAACAUUUUGAGAGAGCUAAGUAUGAUGUAAAUAAAUACAGAUUUCAUUCACUUUGGUUACAAUGCCUGCUGCGAGUAGCAGGGCGGAGCCAUUGCUUCAGGAGGAGGGUGUUGAUUGGUUGGUUGGUGAGCUGGCUGGCUGGAUCGUGUCGUCAUUGCCGUGACAAUGGACGGAGUGCAGUGUGAAUGGCGUGGAUGGAUCUCCCUUGAUGUGAUGUGAUCCAGUGGAUUUGAGUAUUCAGGGUAUAACUGUUUUACACUGGAUUCCUAUGGCCAGUAUUAAGUACAGACAACAUACAACAAGAGCUUGGUGAAUAAGACUUUCAUUGUUUUGGACUGGAGUGGAACUGAAGAAGAGUAUUAUGGGAUUCAUUCAUGUGCCCCGCCGGAGUGACUUCCUCCUUUCUCUGAUGACGUCACGACACAUCAGCCGGGCACAGCCCACUCCAGAUCAUUCAAACAGCAACAACUACCCACUGAAUGACUGGCUGGGUGGGUGGUCUCUCUGUCAAAUCAAUGGAAGCCCAUAUCCUGCUACUACCAUGUGUUAUAGUAAAGACCAAGCUUGGUUGUGUGUAUUAAGACUACUCUCAUUGCUUUGUGUUGGAAUAAUAUUACGCUGAACCUCU